GUUUUUAUUUUUAAAACCAAACGUCAUAUGAAUGAACCGUAAAUAUAAAACAGUUUUCUUUUUAAAUUCGACUGUUUUAGCGACGCGCUCGUAAUUCAUUUUAACGAAACGCGGCGUCCUGUUUGGGCAACAAUGAAUCACCGCGUUAAGUAAAUCGUAUAUUUUAUGUAAAGCGUUUAUUGUUGCGAGUGUUUAGCAUGUGUAACCUAAUCGUUGAAUCUUUUGUUGCGUUGCGGAUUUCAGUGAAACCCCGGAAGCCACGGCUGGAGUACGGGGGAACGAUUUUAACCACUGCCCUAACUUUAAGGGAGGGUCAGGAAGUUACCAUUUCCUGCGUAUCAAGAUAUGGAAAUCCACCGGCGCUCAUAAAGUGGUACAUAGGAGGAGACGAGGUGGAGCCUCUGAGGGAGCAGACGAACACGACAGAAGUGGACAGCCCUAAAACAUGGGCGGCCCACAGUCUUCUGCGAGUCCGUGGACAAAGAGAAGCCCAUGGUCUGCCGAUUCGGUGUAUCACGAUGCAUCCAUCCAGCCUCGUUCCGACUUCUGCGGAAACACGACUGGAUGUGCAUUAUACUCCCGAGGUGCGGCUGGAGACGAAACCGCGGCUGCUGGUGGCGGCCCUCGAGGAUUCGGCGAGCUUUAUGAGCCUGAAAUGCUUCGCGGAUGCCAAUCCCAGCGGAACGAUCAAGUGGUUCAAGGAUUCAGCUCCCGUCACUGUGACGAGCAACGUCGUUUCGUUGAUGCUAAACAGAACGCAUCAGAACAGCACGCAGACGGGCUCCGAGCUGAGAUUCGAGCCGGUGAAGAGAAACGACGCCGGUCUCUACUCUUGCAAGGCGGUCAACGUUAUCGGUGAAAGCGCCCCGGCUAACUACAGGCUGGACGUACAAUACGGUCCCAGGCUGAAGGAAGAGGAGUCCGGCAACGACACAGCGCUGAAGUUCGAGGAAACGACUCUGCUAAGCACGAGCUUGGAUCCCUUCGAGUGCGUCGACUUCGAGGCGAACCCACCGGCUCAGUACAGAUGGAUGCAUCUUCGUGGGGGCGUGACGGAGGCCAUCGAGAAUCCCCUUCAGAACAAGGACGGUGGUAAACGCCUGCGUUUGGAGAACGUUAUGUGGUCCGACGAAGGGGAAUAUCGAUGCGUGGCGUUCAACGUGAUCAACGGUGUGAGGAGAGAAAUGCCCAGCGAGGCUCGUUACAUGCUUCACGUAACAGGACCGCCAGAGAUACAAGCUAGACCAUCCACUGGGGGAAAAGGGUUCUACGAGUCGCUGGGGUGGGCUGGGGAAUCCGAACACGUCCUCAAGUCACGGUUCUGUUCCAGACCACCGCCUAAACUUGUUGCUUGGCAGUGGGGGAGCUCCCAUAUCAGAGCUGGUGAGAGCAUUCAUCCAAAGUACGAGGCAGUGCCAUUGGAGCACAUCAAGGAAAACGAGAUGAUAACAAAUUGCUACUGGGCGAAGCUGGUAAUAAAGGAUCUGCAGAAAGAAGACGCUCGAGUGUACACUCUGUUGGUGGAGAGCGAAAAGGGGAGGGAUUCGACGAACGUUAAACUGCUCAUCCGUGACCCAACGGAAAUGAGAGUAAUAGCAGCCGCUGCUGCCGUGGGUCUGCUGUUCCUCUUGCUUCUGAUAUCCCUCGCUGUGUAUUCCAUAUUGAGGUUCAAGAGUCGACGUUAUCGGAAAGAAGAGGAGGAGGGCAGCAUCGCAGCGGACGCCUUUUACAGUAAUACAGCGACGAACGAUAGACAGAAGACGGUGAACUCUUCACAAGGCAAAGGUUACAGUACCAGGAAGCCAAACUCCGAGGGUGGGCUGGCCGUCACGUACGACUAUGACCAAAUCACCAAGCAGGUGCGCGCCAUGAGUCCAGAAGCUUUGAAAGUCAGGCGAGCGCCAGCUGUUCUUCAGCCACCAACGAUCGUGUGACUGUUAUCGUGUUCAGUGCCAUGACGGUCACUGCUGACUGAUACUGAGCUGUCCAUUCACGUGCGUGUCACUGACGCCACUGUUUAAAAUUGGAAGCUGCUGUAACGACGCUUCAUUGCUUGACGUUGAACCAAAGCGUAUUAGAAUGUUGGUAAUGAGACACAAGUCUGCGGACGAUAAACUUUUCUUGGCAAACUUACAUGCCAGACCGCAAAAGACAAAGGUCUGAAACUGAAUAUUAGGUCAAAAAACGUGUCCCAUUAUUUGGUAUCAAACCAAAGUAUAGCAUGGGUAAUAUUCAAAGGAUUUUCUUUGGUACAGAUGUGAUAAUGUUAUGAGUACUAUCCAACCUAUAGUAGUUAGACAAUUGGUGUUUACAAAUUUUAAAAUAGAAGUUGAAUUAUUCGUUGUUGCUAUUAUUGUUGCAAUUGAGAUUCACUUUAAAGGUUAUUAUGGUAAGUGAAAUAAUCAGAGAUUUUAAUGGUUUUAAUAAUGCUUUUGAACAUAGACAUUGUCGUGUUCUAUUAAGAUUAUUAUUGCAAAGAGUGGAAAAGUUUUAAUGGUUCAGGGAGUUUAACAAAUUUCGAAAUAUUAGGCUUGUUGAUUUCGUUAUGAAAUAUGUUUGCAAUGAAUAUUUGUAUUGGAAUUUUUGUUCCAUGUAAAAUAUGAAUUUCCUCUAUCCCUCAAAGCCUUGUAGCAGCAAGUACUUUUAUAUCUAUUAGUAAUUUUAUUUAAUAAAACUUUUAUACUUAAUUGUAAUGCCAAA